AUGGCAACAUCUGCACUAGACUCCCGCGUCUUUCGCAAUCUUUUUGGAACGCAAGAGAUACGAGACAUCUUCACCGAUGCAGCCUAUGUAAAACAGAUGGUACGGGUGGAGGCUGCCCUAGCCCGGGCGCAGGCAAAGACGGGGGUAAUACCCGCUGAUGCAGGCGACGCCAUAACCACAGCGCUAGAAGCGGCAGUUCUUGAUUUUGAAAAACUGGCACACGACACAGACAUUGUCGGAUAUCCAGUGCUGCCUCUUAUCGAACAGCUACUUCCACAAUGCCCGGCUGAAAAAGCCAAGUAUAUUCACUGGGGGGCUACCACGCAGGAUAUCAUGGACGAUGCCUCCAUGCUGCAAAUUCGUUCUGGCCUGCAAAUUGUCGAGCGACAGAUCCGAGAGCUGAUCUCCAUCUUGGAAAAACUAUCGGCCGUUUACCGAGACACUCCAAUGGCCGGUCGCACUCACCUGCAACAUGCAUUGCCGUGCACGUUUGGUUACAAGUGUGCAGUCUACUUGUCCAGUAUCGUCCGCCACCAUGCCCGAGUCAAGGACAUUCAAGAAAGAUGCCUGCAGGUCCAAUUCGGAGGCGCCGCAGGAACUUUAGCCUCUCUCGGCUCUGAUGACACUGGACUGCGAGUACGCGCAGCACUGGCAGAAGAACUAGGAUUGCAAAACCCUCCAAUCACCUGGCAUGUUGCGCGAGACAACAUAGCCGAGAUUCUCAACUUUCUCGCGUUAGUCGGCGGAUCUCUGGGCAAGAUUGCCUAUGAUAUAAUCAUCAUGUCUUCCAAUGAGAUGGGAGAAGUCUCUGAGCCCUUUGUGCCCCAUCGAGGAGCGUCGUCUACCAUGCCUCAGAAGAGAAACCCCAUAUCUAGCGAGGUUAUCUUGGCUGCAUCGAAACUCCUCAGGGCGAAUGCUAGUCUGGGCCUGGAUGGCAUGGUGGUUGAUUUUGAGCGCGCAUCAGGACCGUGGCAUCUAGAGUGGGUUGCGAUCCCGAGCUCCUUUGUGCUGGCUGUCGGAUCGCUGCAUCAGACAAACUUUGCCCUUGGAGGCUUGGUCGUGAAUACCGAGUCUAUGAUGAACAAUCUUUGUUCAACAAAGGGGCUGAUCGUUGGAGAGGCGGUUAUGAUGGGGCUUGCGCCAUUCAUAGGGCGUCAGCCCGCGCAUGACGUUGUCUAUGAGGCUUGUAAGAAGUCCAUUGAAGAGCGUAUUUCUUUACUGGACGUACUGAAGGGCCAACCAGAAGUAAUGGCAAAGAUUAGUGAGGAAACUCUUGCUGAUCUAUGCAAUCCGAUAAACUAUUUCGGCGCAAGUCAGCUCAUGGUGGAUGAGAUGCUACAGUACUCGAAGGCGAAAGUAAAUAGUUAA